AUGGCACGCAUCCCACACAUGGCAUUUUUCUUUCUCUUUCUGAGCAACCUUCCAUUGUGGUCCCAACUGAAAAUUUUUGCUAAGCUCAGCAUUGGCCAGAGAGAAGUAACAGUUCAGAAAGGACCACUGUUUAGAGCUGAAGGUUACCCUGUCAGCAUUGGCUGCAAUGUGACUGGUCACCAGGGUCCUUCUGAGCAGCACUUCCAGUGGUCUAUUUACCUGCCGACAGCCCCAGAACGGGAAAUCCAGAUUGUUAGCACCAAGGAUAGCAGCUUCUCCUACGCACUGUAUACACAGCGAGUGCGAAGCCGGGAAAUCUAUGUGGAGAGGCUCCAGGGCAACUCAGUCUUGUUACACAUUUCCAAGCUCCAGAUGGAGGAUGCCGGCGAGUACGAGUGUCACACACCAAACACUGAUGGAAAAUACUUUGGAAGUUACAGUGCGAAGACUUAUCUGACUGUUAUUCCAGAUACUCUCUCUGCCACCAUGAGUUCCCAGACUCUGAAUAAGGAGGAAGGUGAGCCAUUAGAACUGAUGUGUGAGGUAUUCAAAGCCACAGCUCAACAUACCCACCUCUCUGUUACCUGGUACGUGAUGCAGGAGGGAGGAAGAAGCCAAGCCACGAAGAUUAUUUCCCUCUCCAGAGAUUUCAUGUUGAUCCCUGGGCCUUCGUACACAGAGAGAUUUGCAGCAAGUGAUGUGCGGCUCGACAAGCUUGGGGUUACUUCCUUCAGACUGUCCAUAGGGAGACUCCAGCCCUCAGAUCAAGGCCAGCUGUUCUGUGAGGCAAUGGAAUGGAUUCAGGAUCCAGAUAAAACCUGGGCUUUCAUCACUAAAAAGCAGACAGAUCAAACAACACUGAGGGUCCAGCCUGAAGUGAGAAAUUUUCAAGUUAACAUGACAGCUGAAAGCACGUUUGCUGAAGGGAAACCUUUAGAACUGGUCUGCCUGGUGGUGGGCAGCAGCCAGGACCUCCAGCAUCAGGGCGUUUGGUUCCUCAAUGAUAUUGAAAUUGCCAGCGUUAAUGCCGAUGGGGUACUGGGCCUGGAGAAAGGCUACAAAGAAAGAGCAAGUCAAGGACAGCUGCAGGUUUCAAAGUUAAGCCCUAAGGCUUUCUCUCUGAAGAUCUUCUCCGCGGGCCCAGAGGAUGAAGGCACCUACAGAUGUGAGGUAGCAGAGAUGGUGAGAGCUCGGAUGGGCUCCUGGCAGGUGCUACAGAAGAAGCAGUCACCAGACAGCCAUGUGCACCUGAGGAAGCCUGCAGCAAGAAGUGUGAGUGUAUCUACCAAGAACAAGCAACAGGCGGUGUGGGAAGGAGAGGCACUAACCCUCCUCUGCAAGGCAGAUGGAACUGAAAGUCCUCUGUCAGUGAGCUGGUGGCACUUCCCACUGGACCAGACACAGCCAGAGUUCGUGGCUGGCAUGGGGCAGGAUGGCACCAUGCGGUUGGGUCCCUCCUAUGGGGGACCCAGUAACCACAGCAGCAUAAGGCUGGAGAAGGUGGACUGGGCUACCUUCCAGCUGGACAUCACUUCCAUUGCCAUCACUGACAGAGGGACUUACGAGUGCAGAGUGUCUGAGAGGACCCGGAGCCAGGUCAGAGAUCUCAGCUGGACUCAGAAGAUUUCGGUCACUGUAAAAUCUUUGGAAUCAAGUUUACAAGUGAUUCUGAUGAGCCGUCAACCCCAAGUGAAAUUAGCCGACACCUUUGACCUAUCCUGCAUAGUGAGUGCUGGUUACUCUGAUCUUAAGGUACCACUCACCUUGACAUGGCAGUUCCAACCGGCUGGGUCUCAAGUCUUUCAUCAGCUUAUUCGAAUCACUCAUAAUGGUGCCAUUGAAUGGGGGAACUUCCUAUCCCAGUUCCAAAAGAAGACGAAGGUUUCACAGUCUCCAUUUCGUUCUCAACUCUUCAUCCAUGAUGCCGCACAGGAAGAGGCAGGAACGUACCAGUGUAAAGUGGAAGUUUAUGACAGAAAUUCCCUACACACAAAUAGCCCUCCAAAGGCUACUGCCAUCUCUCACCCGUUGAGGAUAGCCAUCACUUUACCAAAGAGCAAACUAAAAGUGAAUCUAAGCAGUCAAGUCCAAGAGCUCUCCAUCAACUCCAACGCUGAGAUAGAAUGUAGCAUCUUGUCCCUGUCCACAGGAAAUGUUCAGUUAGCCAUUAUUUGGUACUUUUCCCCCAUUUCUGCUAAUGCAUCCUUGCUGAAGAUCCUGGAAAUGGACCAAACCAAUGUUGUAAAAUAUGGGGAUGAAUUUCACACCCCAAGGAGAAAACAAAAAUUUUACACCGAGAAAGCUUCCCAGGACUUGUUUCAGCUGCACAUUCAGAACGUGGAUGAUGGAGAUCAGGGCAAAUAUCACUGCACUGUGGAGGAAUGGCUCUUGUUGACAAAUGGCACUUGGUACAAGCUUGGAGGAGAGAAGUCAGGACCAACAGAAUUGAAACUCAAGCCCACAGGAAGUAAGGUGCGUGUCUCCAAAGUGGACGGGACAGGAAAUGCCACUGAGCAUGGGGAGGUGGCCAUCCGCUGCAGCCUGGAGCAUUCAGGCAGCUUGACCUCUCUGUUCUCAGUCAUGUGGUACUGGAACAGAGAAAGCUCUGGGAGUAAAAUGUUGGUGCACCUGCGGCAUGAUGGCUUGCUCGAGUAUGGUGAGGAGGGGCUCAGUAAGCACUUGUACUGUUACCGGUCAUCCCCUACAGACUUUGUCCUAAAACUCCAUCGGGUGGAGAUGGAAGAUGCUGGAAAGUACUGGUGCAAGGUGGCAGAAUGGCAGCUACAUGGAAACCCAAGCAAGUGGGUCAAUCAAGCGUCAGAUGAGUCAUGGCACAUGGCGCUCAUGGUGCUGCCUUCAGGCUGAAGACAAUUUCAAGACUCUCUAAGGAAGAUGACUUUGCCAUUGGUCUCAAUAGUAAAUCAUUUGAACAUUACAUGAGGCUUUGGCAUAGCUAUUUCAAUGUCAGGGUCAUCUGGUUUGCUCUCUCCUUCUCCUUCCAAAGAAAAAAGCUAUCAACAUUGUAUCCUUUCAAAUAACCAAAUAAUGUGUGAAUCAGACAUCCUUAUCUCUUGGCUGACCCUCUAUUCUCAUAAUGCUGAUCUGAGGUGGGAGUUUGAAUGAAGGAUAAAGAGACUACCAGUUUGAAUGAGGGAUAAAGAGACUGCUAGAGUUACUUUACAUUUUCAUUUGAUUGAACCAAAAUCAGCUACAUCUAAAUCCUCCCUGAGUCCAAAAACCUUUUCAA